CCUCCAGCACUAGAGGGCGGGCGCACUCCCCACCCCGGUCUUGCCGCCUCUGCUGUAGUGGCUGCGGCUGGUAAGCAGUAGCAGAGCGGCAGCAGCAGCAAGAGCGGCCAGGGUCAAGCAGGCUGUCGGUCGUUUCCUGCUCGGCGUUAGUUCGAGUGUCCAAGGCGCAGGCGCUGUCGAGGGAGAGGCGAGAGAGAGGCCGGGGUACUCGCUGGCUCUGGGCCACCCAAGAGAGCAGGUUAGCUGAUUACAGUAAAUGUAAUUGUGUCAGCAACGAAGGAAGGGAAAACAUGAGAAUAGCAGGAGCUGCAAAAUUGGUGGUAGCGGUAGCAGUCUUUCUGCUGACGUUUUAUGUCAUAUCUCAAGUAUUUGAAAUAAAAAUGGAUGCCAGCCUAGGAAACCUGUUUGCAAGAUCACCACUGGAUCCUCCUGUACGUACUACAAAGCCCCCAAGGUAUAAAUGCGGAACUACAAAAGCUUGCCCAGAGAAACAUUUUGCUUUCAAAAUGGCAAGUGGAGCAGCCAACGUUGUUGGGCCUAAAAUAUGUGUAGAAGAUAAUGUGUUGAUGAGUGGAGUUAAAAACAAUGUUGGGAGAGGCAUUAACAUAGCUUUGGUAAAUGGCAAAACAGGUGAAGCAGUGGAGACAAAGUAUUUUGACAUGUGGGGUGGAGAUGUAGCUCCACUUAAUGACUUUUUGAAGACAAUUCAGGAUGGAACUAUUGUGUUAAUGGCAACCUAUGACGAUGGUGCUACUAAGCUAAAUGAAGAGGCACGGAAAUUAAUAGCUGAAUUGGGAAGCACGUCCAUCACAAACCUAGGCUUCAGAGACAAUUGGGUCUUCUGUGGUGGAAAAGGAAUCAAAACUAAAAGCCCAUUUGAACAGCAUAUUAAAAAUAACAAAGAUACGAACAAAUAUGAAGGGUGGCCAGAAGUUGUGGAGAUGGAAGGCUGUAUCCCACAGAAGCAAGACUGAAGGAACUGUAACAUUUGCAUACACAAGGCAAAGAAUGUUGGAGGAGAAAAUGCACUUUCUGCUGCUGUUAGGUAAAGGGUUUUGGAGGAAGAAGAACAAUGUGUAUGGGCACAAUUCAUCCAGGGUGGCCCCUUGCGCAAGAUCCAUAGAAACACAAGGGAGUUGUGCAAGAGCCUGAUGAAUUGCUCCCAUUCAUUUAAAUGGGGCUUGCACACAGGAAGAUAUCCCAGUGGACUGUGCCCUAUGUAAAUACUUUUCAAGCAUGAUACCACCUCAGAGUGUGCAUGAGCAUUGACAUUUUUUGAAUAUCUGGUUUAUUUAUUAUUAAAACACAGACUUUAUCUUUUUGUAAAUAGCCCAAACAAAAAUGAUUAUUUCUAAGCACUCUUCUAAAAGCACAAUGUUCAGGUUACUUUAUGGCAAACAUGUCUCUUAAAAUUACCAUUGUAGGCAAUUAAAUACACCCAAUAAAUAGCUGAGCUGAUCCUGAACUAUGUUGUACUUUGAACAAUGACGACAUUGCUGUGAGUGCAUAUCUUCAGUGAGAUAUAUAGAUUUUAGCAAAUAGUGGAUAACAAAUUGUUUUUAUUCUUUGCCUCUUUGAGAGAACCGUUCUUUUGCGUUUCCCCUCGGAAUGGUGAAUGUUGAGCAUCUGAUAAAAUAGUUCUGCUCAAAGAAGGACAAUUAUAUUGUUUUUAUUUAAAAAAACAAAAACAAAUUUAUAAUAUUAUGACUCUUGCUAGAUCAUCUAUGCCCCAUGCUUUUGGUUAGCAAUUCACACUGCAGAAUAAAGUGACUGCUUCUUGUGUGUGUUCAGCUAGUCUUCUUUCAAGCCCCAUCAUCUACCAGUCACAUAAACUGGUUUAGAUAUUAUUGGAGUUGGGGAGCAAUCCAGUGUUGGCCGUUAGUGCAUUAUCCUGGAAGCAAGCAUGUUUAAAAGUAGGCUAAUACCUAAUAGAGAUCAACUUGGGCAUGCCUCAUUCAAUUUCACUACCUAUCCUACUAAUAUAAAUUAAAAUGUAGGGUUGAAUAUUGAAGAGAAAUUUUAUAGAGCACAUUUUGAUAUGAGUGAAAAUGCUGCUAAUAAAACAGUCUGCUUUAACAAUCAGCUUUUAAAGGGCAGGCCAAGUUUCGACCUUGCAUAGAGUUCACCUCCCUACUUCCCCCAAUCCUUCUCACGGCAGACAUGAGCUUUGCGGAACCAUAGGUGCAUUCUGUCUGUAACGAUGGUGUGGAAAAUCACCGCACCCAUGUGGCUAGAAUCUAAAGGGGCGUAUGGAGAGUUUCAACAUGCACAGUGGUCCUUCUGCAGCCUAAGUACCAAUGGAUUCCAUGUAUGGCUCCGUACUGCUUUUUGGGUAGAGGAAUCUCCUCUGCAAGGCCAAGGCCUCAGGAGAACCUGAAGCUGCAGGGAAGCUCUGGUGCAGCCAAAGUAAUUAUGUGUGACUCAGACUGUUUGGGUUGUAAUUAGUGUCUCUUGUUUUGUCAUCCCCUCCCGCCCCUGUACUAAUUCCUGCAUUUGUGGUUUAGCACAAAAGUGCUGAAUCAGAAGAUUUGGAAACCUACAUUGAGUUCUGCAGAGAUGGUCUCAUUAUCUUUCUUAUAGCAAUCAACAGUAAAUCUAAUUCUUGUGGAAACAGGUAUUCAUUGAGAAGUGCUUACUUGUUAAAACCACAAGAAACAGAGUAGAAUGACUUAAUUUUCUUUAGAGUAUCAAGAAAGAAUUCUGCACAUGCUCUUGUUCUCCAGUCUGCAUUGUGUUGGGUGACAGGGAUCCUCUUCUUGAGUAGUACCAUUUAAAACCCGAAUUUGGCUAAGUAACUGGAAUUAAUCAUUGCUGUUGGGCUAAUGAAACACUGUUUGCACUAAAGAUGUUAAAGCAGUACUGGAAAUAAGAGCUUAAAUCGUUCAAAGAACUCACCAUCUUCCCAUGCCAAGAAUCAAUGACUGGAAUUUGAGCUGCUUUGUUUUAACCUGUUUGUGUCAUUCUCCCUCCUCCCACCCCACCCCACCAUUUACUGUAGGACAGCAAUAAACACACCUUAUACAGUCAAAUCAGUUAUGUGUAAAAUACCAUGCAGAUUCAAAGUUUAUGUUCAGAAAAAAUAAGUUCACUUUUCCAUGUAUAUUUUUUCAUCAAAUAAAGUUUUUAAAAACCUCA